AUGGACGUAAAGUUAGUCGUAUUAUUUCAGAAAACGAUAGCACUAUUAAUGGAUAACCAAUUCGGAAAGCUUCCAGCCGACAACGCAGUGAAUACAAAGUUGUUUCUGGAGUCAGUGGCAUAUCUUCCACCUUUUUUUUACUGCCUGGGGUCAAAAGUAUUUGCGCCUAUCAAAUCAGACAUCAGUGGCAAUAUAACAAAAAUCCGAGGUGUGUUUGACAAGGACCCUGCCAAGUAUGCAACUCUACAGCAGAUAGUGGAGGCAGAGAAGGAGACACAUGGCACAGAGUGGCCCAAAGUGGGAGCCACCUUGGCCCUAAUGUGGCUGAAGAGAGGUCUCUGUUUCAUUCAGAUCCUACUGCAGAGCUUGGCAGACGGAGAGAAAGACGAGAACAACCCUCACCUCAUCCGUGUUAACAUCACCAAAGCCUACGACCAGGCCCUGAAGAAAUACCACGGCUGUCUCGUGCAGAAGAUCUUUAAGGCGGUGUUGCUUGCAGCACCCUACAAGUCACACUUUAUCAAGGCCCUGUCAAAAGGUCAAGAGGUCACAGAAGAGGACUGCAUGGCUAGUGUACGCCAGUGCCUCGUCAAUUUCACAGCCACUGUUGAUGCCAUCUAUGAGAUGUGCACAACGCUGAAUGCAGAGCUGGACUAUAGCGUGUGAUGUUGUCCCCCAAACCGGACUGCAGCAGCAUCCUGCUUGUUACUUUCUUUGCCUUCAGUUUUUCGUCCUUUCUCUCAGGUGAUGGGACAUUCCAUCUUUUGAGGGUUGAGGAUUCUAUUUCAAAGAAGACGUUUUCAUCCGUGUCACCAUUUCUAUUAUUACUUUUCUGUCCCUCCUUUUAAAUCCCUCCCUACUGAAUGUUGAUAGUUUGGCCCAUGAUGAGUUGCUACUGGACAGAAAGUGGCAUAUUCCGUGUUGAGGGUUUUUUAAUUCGUACAGGUCUAGCACAGCUCUUGGUGCGGUCUGAUGCUGCUACACAUGAUUCACCACAGGUAAGAGACAUUCAGAAGUGAUAUUCUGAGAUCUGGCCAGUGUUAUUUUAAUACAGCAUCUCUUUCUCUGUGAGAGGGGAGAAUAUUCCUGCUAUUGAUUCGCAUUGCACAUGACUCAUAAAAUUCCUACUGUAACUCUGCCAAGAAAUGUGAGAUAAUGCCAUCACUGCCUGGUAGCUACUGGGAAGUCAACUAUCCCAUGCCUUUAAAGAUUAUAACCACCAUUAGUGGUUUUAGUGACUUCAAAUCACAUUUUAUUAGUCACAUGCACCAAAUACAACAGGUGUAGACCUUACAGUGAAAUGCUUACUUACGAGCCCCUAACCAACAAUGCAGUUUAAAAAAACAAAUACGGAUAAGAAUAAGAAAUAAAAGUAACAAGUAAUUAAAGAGCAGCAGUAAAAUAACAAUAGCGAGACUAUAUACAGGGGGGUACCGGUACAGAGUCAAUGUGAAUGUAGGUAUGUGCUCAUCGGUUAGUUGAGGUAAUAUGUACAUGUAGGUAGAGUUUUUAAAGUGACUAUGCAUAGAUGACAACAGAGAGAAGCAGCAGUGUAAAAGGGGGGGGGGGGCAGGAAGCUUGGUCCCAGGGAUGUACUGGGCCGUACACACUACCCUCUGUAGUGCCUUGUGGUCGGAGGCCGAGCAAUUGCCAUACCAGGCAGUGAUGCAACCAGUCAGGAUGCUCUCGAUGGUGCAGCUGUAGAACCUUUUGACAAUCUGAGGACCCAUGCCAAAUCUUUUCAGUCUCCUGAGGGGGAAUAGGUUUUGUUGUGCCCUCUUCACUGUCUUGGUGUGCUUGGACCAUGAUAGUUUGUUGGUGAUGUGAGCACCGAGGAACUUGAAGCGCUCAACCUGCUCCACUGCAGUCCCGUCGGUGAGAAUGGGGUGUGGGCUCGGUCCUCUUUUUCCUGUAGUCCACAAUCAUCUCCUUUGUCUUGAUCACGUUGAGGGAGAGGUUGUUGUCCUGGCACCACGGCCAGAUCUCUGACCUCCCUAUAGGCUGUCUCAUCGUUGUCGCUGAUCAGGCCUACCACUGUUGUGUCAUCGGCAAACUUAAUGAUGGUGUUGGAGUUGUGCCUGGCCGUGCAGUCAUGAGUGAACAGGGAGUACAGGAGGGGACCGAGCAUGCACCCCUGAGGGGCCCCUGUGUUGAGGAUCAGCAUGUGUUGUUACCUACCCUUACCACCUGGAGGGUUACCCAUCAGGAAUUAUAGGAUCCAGUUGCAGAGGGAGGUGUUUAGUCCCAGGGUCCUUAGCUUAUUGAUAAGCUUUGAGGUUGCACUACGCUGAGCUGUAGUCAAUGAGUAGCAUUCUCACAUAGGUGUUCUUAAGUUGUCUAUGAGUGAUGUUUUGUUUGCGUGGCUUUUGCAUGCUUGUUUGAACAACUGAACGUUUAGUUGUGUAGGGUUACACUUCUUUCAUGUCUUUUUGUGUUAACGAUUUCAGUCUGUAAGAGUUUCCAUUAGUGGAAUCCAUAUUUUCAGUUCCUUCAAUUUGGUCAACACAAUGCCAAACAGUAUUUGGCACAUACAUUUACAUGUCACUAUUGGGUUGUCAUACUUCAUACUAUUUUGAAAGCAUUUUUUCCCAGAAAGGUUAUUUCAGAAAUUGUAAUGUAUUUGCUAAUUGUUGGAAACUGAGGGGAGUCAUUCUAUAGUGCGGGUGACAUCAAAAGAACAAAGUCAAUGCAUAUAUUUAUUAAUUUGCAAGAAACAUGCUUGGGUUUGUACUGUAUAUAUACCUGGAAAAUGGUUAUGUGCAUUGCUCACAUCAAAUCUCUGAAUGCCCUGUAGAUUUCAAAUGAUGAACCUAAUUUAUAUAGCAUUUUAAACAUUAAAAUUUGAAUUGAAGUACUGUG